CUCCUCUUCUCUCAUCCGAAAGCUAUUUCAAUAUAAGAACCCAUCAUGCCUGUCGCGAAGGCUAUCGUUGACGACACCGUCCUUGCUGAGACCGCAACAUGGGAAACGGUCGAAGGCAACAUUUAUUUUCCUCUUUCAGCAAUCAAGGAUGAAUCUCUCUUUGUCCCGACUGAUUUGUCAACGUUCUGUCCAUGGAAAGGACAUGCUUCGUAUUAUUCCAUUGUAGUGGGAGGAGAAACAUAUCCCAAUGCAGCGUGGUAUUAUGCCAAGCCAUUCGAUGCUGCUCUGAAUAUCAAGGAUCAUGUGGCUUUCUACACUACUAAGGUCAAUGUGACAGUUGAAGACUAGCGGGUGAAAUGAUUAGUAGCAAAAUCGAUAGUGGUGCAUGAGCUUGAAUCAAGUGCUUGAGCUUCA